AUGGCGGUGGCUUUCGCAGCCAUAGUUGUUGUCUUCUCCACUAAUGUGGCUUCAGUUCAGGCUGAUCAUCCUUACUUGUACUCCUCACCCCCUCCUCCUUAUGUCUACAGCUCCCCACCGCCCCCUGUUCACUCUCCUCCACCUCCUUAUGUCUACAAGUCACCUCCCCCACCAUCGCCUUCACCACCUCCUCCUUACGUCUACAAGUCACCUCCCCCACCAUCGCCUUCUCCUCCACCACCGUACGUCUACAAGUCUCCUCCACCUCCCUCACCUAAAUUGCCUCCGUACGAGUACAAGUCACCACCACCUCCAUCACCUUCUCCCCCACCACCAUAUGUCUACAAAUCACCACCUCCACCAUCACCUUCUCCUCCACCGCCUUACUACUACAAGUCUCCUCCACCUCCGGUACAUUCUCCACCACCACCAUACUACUACAAAUCUCCUCCACCUCCUGUACAUUCACCACCACCACCUUACUACUACAAAUCUCCUCCACCCCCAGUACAUUCUCCCCCACCACCUUACUAUUACAAAUCUCCUCCACCCCCAUCUCCUCCUCCACCGGCUCCUUACUAUCCUCACCCAUACCCACACCCACACCACCACCCAUUGAUCGUCAAGGUCGUCGGAAAGGUCUACUGCUACAGAUGCUACGACUGGGGAUAUCCAAUCAAGUCCCACGACAAGAAACACCUCAAAGGUGCUGUUGUUGAGAUCACAUGCUGGGCAGGCAAGAAGGAGGUCAAGGCCUACGGUAAAACAAAGAACAAUGGUAAAUUCAGCAUCGCAGUCGAAGACUUUGACUACGGUAAAUAUGGUGCCAAGGCAUGUACCGCGAAGCUCCACAUGGCACCCGAGGGUUCCUUGUGCAGCAUUCCAACUCCGCUCAAUUGGGGCAACAAGGGUGCCAAGCUGAAGGUCAAGUCCAAGAACAAGUGGGAGGUUGUGCUCAAGGCCAAGCCAUUUGCUUUUGCUCCCAAGACUGCUUACAAGGAGUGUGCCAAACCUCCACCUUCUCCAUCUCCUCCCCCACCAUACGCUUACAAGUCUCCACCACCUCCUUCACCCUCUCCUCCUCCUCCAUACGUCUACAAGUCACCUCCACCUCCGGUGAAAUCUCCUCCACCACCGGUGUACAUUUACGCCUCUCCCCCACCUCCCACUCACUACUAGGCUCAAACACGUGCAUAGACCAAUCAUGUUUUAAUUUAAGCAGCAGAAUAAAGGAAGGCUCCAUGAGCCGAAAGCAGAGACACCAAGCUUCCAAUCCAAGUCCAUUGUUGUCGACGGUGAAGAACAAGGGUCUGGCAGAAACAUCAGCCAUGACCAGCAACCUCAUCUUCCACAUGCUCUUACUAUACUCAUCAUCCAAAUCGGGAAUUUAAAGCAUUCAUCUUGGUCUUGGAAGGAACUAAUAAUUUGGCUUGGUCGUCUCAGUGUCGUCAUUUUUUCAUUUCUAAAUUAUAUUUCAUUGUAUAGGGUAGCAGUUACAUGGCCUUUUUUUUUUUUUUUCAAUUGUAUGAUUGGCUUCUAUUUAU